ACGAAAGGUAGGUCCAGUAGGACUGCUGGAGGCGGCCACAGCGCCAUGUUGAACGGAAUCAUCACACUCCGUGGAGAUACUCUCGUCAAAGAGCAGUUGUAAACAAAGUGUUAUUCAUUUUCCAAAGAGGGUACACCUGUCAAGAUCGCCCUGGCAAGAAGAGGCCAACUAGAUCCUCGGAAACCCCGGCCGGGGAGGGGGAACAGCCCCCAACCUUCAGCAAUGAAGAUAAACCACAAUAAGCGCUAGCCGGCUAACUUUAGCCUGCUAUUCUAUCAAUAAGCUAGCUAGCCUGUUAGCUCACGCGUUAAUAUCCGCUCAGACACCGGCAACCUGCUCAUAUAAAGCCGGGUAUUGACAUAAGUCGCCAGCAAUAUUUUUCCAGUGUACAGUUUAGCCGCUAGCUUAUUUAUUAUUGUAAAUAUCUGUAAAUCCGUGCGUUAGUUUUUUUUAUUUGCGAUGAGUUUGCCGCCGAAAGCGGUGCCGAAACCAGCCGCUGCCGCCGCUGCUGGAACUGGACCUGGAACCGGGCAGUUAUCCGCGAGCCAACUGCGGACCACCCUCACUACAGUCCCGCUACAGUCGGUGGCUCAACAAGUUUUCCUUAAUUUCCCCUCAAGAUAUCCACGAGUGCCGCCUCCCCUGGACGAGCGAAUCUUCUCAACACAGCCUGUCUCUGCUGUCUACAGUGUACAGAGACCCCCUGGCCCCCCAUUUACUGCACAUGAAAUCAACAAGGGACACCCUAACCUAGCGGCUACCCCGCCGGGUCAUGCCUCUUCCCCUGGACUAUCUCAGGUAUCAGUUUCAACAGUAUCCACUGCGCAUCUCUAUGGUCAUCCUAAAGGCUGGGAGCCAGGAGGAGGGUCUCCGUACACAACGGGACAGAAUGCCGGCACGACCCCUCUGGUAUACUCUCCAACAACCCAGCCAAUGAACGCACAGCCUCAGAGCCGCCCGUUUGCCCCUGGGCCUCGUCCUACCCAUCACCAGGGAGGAUUCAGAUCCAUUCAGUUUUUCCAGAGGACGCAGAUGCAAACGGCCCGGCCCACCAUUCCAAGCAACACCCCACCCAUUCGGCCCACGUCUCAGACCCCCACGGCAGCAGUAUAUUCUCCCAAUCAGCACAUCAUGAUGACCAUGGCUCACAUGCCCUUUCAUUCCCCACAGACAGCGCAGUACUACAUCCCUCAGUAUCGUCACAGUGCUCCACAGUAUGUGGGACCUCCUCAACAGUACCCUGUCCAGCCGACUGGACCCAGUACCUUCUAUGCUGCAGCCAGUCCAGGGGAGUUUCCUGCACCUUAUGCAGGACCUCCCUACUAUCCUGGGCAGCCCGUGUACACACCAUCUCCACCCAUUAUAGUGCCUACACCACAACAACCUCCACCUGCUAAGAGGGAAAAGAAAACAAUCCGCAUCCGAGACCCUAACCAGGGUGGCAAGGAUGUCACAGACGAAAUAUUAUCAGGAGUGGGUUUGAGUCGAAACCCAACCCCGCCUGUGGGACGGCCCUCUUCCACUCCUACACCUCCACAGUUUUUAUGUCCACACCCUCAUUAUCCUCACAUUUUCUACCUCAAAUCCCAGCAGCUGAACAGCCAGGUAGCAGAUCAUGGGCACAUCAUGUAUAAUGUGGACAGCAGCCCGCACCUUCCAGCAUCCUUCAACUUGAAAGCAGACGAUAAGCCAAAACUAGAGUUUUCCUUGCAAAGAACUGCAUCUCCUGGUCUGCGGCAGCCCGACACUCCUCUGGAGAGAAGAGAUCCCAGCAGCCCAGUCCAAACACCCUCCUCUCCCCCACACAAACCUGAGCUUCCCCCCUCCGACUCAGAGACGGCCUCAAGUGUAGCUACAGCCCCGACUCCUUCCAUACCUGCCUCAACAGAAGAGUCAGCUGAUGCCCCGAGCCCAUUAGCUGAGCCCAGUCUCACUAAAGCUAUCACACCUGAACCAGAGAGCUCUGAGCCAGAGAAAUCCUCCUCACCACCACCUCAAAGUCUGUCUGGAUCCCUUACCCAGCACGAAAAAGCCGUCAAUGGGCUCACGGAUGUUGACGCUGCUCCACUGAGUGAAGAAUUGGAAACCCAACCCAGGGAAGCCUCUCCAUUGCUGCCUACUUCCAGUGUGCCCCAGUCAGAGCCCAGGCCAGUCACACCGGUGCUGGAGGAAGAGUCUGAUCCAAUCAAUAUGAACAGUCCUUUGCCUCCUGUUGAGGACGAUGCUGGAUGUCCUGACAACGUUUCCCCCUCCCUCUCCACCUCCACGACUGCUGCUAUCUCCACCACUCCUCCUGCUCCUCCUCCAGGACUCUCGCACCCCAGUCAGGUUUCUGCAGCGUUGGACAGGAGACCCUCUAAUGGAGCAGAGAUCAAAGAAACAGGGAAGGAAAACGAGGCCUUGCCGGACAAGAGAGGAGAGCCUUUCUUACAGUCCAGAAAAAGCUCAAAUCAAGCUACAUCUAGUGCACCAAAGACCUGGAAGAAGCCAAAAGAGGACAUGCCUGUAGGGCAAGAUCAGUGUCCAGACAAAGAGGAGGACACUGAUCAGGCCAGUAUGGAACCUGCUCCUGAAAGCCCCAGUCCUCCUCCUGUGGAGGUGGAGAGGAGGCCAUCAGUAGGAGCAGUGCUCGAGGAGAAUGGAGAACAGGAAGUGGAGCCUUUGAGAAACGGUGCUGAACACACUUCUGAAACUGAGAGCAGUGACAGCAUCCACCCGCCUGCAGUCAAAGAGCCGUUGAUCAAAGUAUUGCCACAGCCUGCAGAGAAGAAUGGAAAGAAGCAGUACAACAGAGACUUCCUGCUGGGCUUCCAGUUUAUGCCUGCAUGUGUGCAGAAACCAGAAGGGCUUCCUCCCAUUUCUGAUGUUGUUCUAGAUAAGAUUAACCAAAAUAAGCUGCCCAUGCGGCCGGUAGACCCACGUGUGCUUUCCAGAGGCCCGGACUUUACGCCAGCGUUUGCGGAUUUCAGCCGACCCAUUUCAGGAGGCAGAGGGGCACCGUUGCUGAAUGUUGGCAUGCGACGGCCACCUGGACGCAAGAUCAUCACAAACGUGUCUGUGAUUGAUGAGGUGCAGCUGAAGACAACAGAGAAUGCCUGGAAGCCUGGCAUGAAGCGGGAAGGUGCAGUUGAAGAUCCAGAUGCCCAGAGAACUCAGGAGCUUUUCCGAAAAGUGCGCAGUAUUCUCAAUAAACUGACACCGCAGAUGUUCAGCCAGCUGAUGAAGCAGGUGACUGACCUCACCAUCGACACAGAGGAGCGACUCAAGGGUGUCAUAGAUCUGGUCUUUGAAAAAGCAAUCAAUGAGCCCAGCUUCUCUGUGGCCUACGGCAACAUGUGCAGCUGUCUGGCCACGUUAAAAGUGCCCAUGACGGAUAAGCCCAACAGCACUGUGAAUUUCCGGAAGCUGCUUCUGAACCGCUGUCAGAAAGAGUUUGAGAAGGACAAGAUGGAUGACGAUGCCUUUGAGAAGAAACACAGGGAGCUGGAGGCAGCUACUGCGUCCAGUGAGCGGGAGAGGCUUCAGGAGGAGCUGGAAGAGGCCAAAGACAAGGCCCGAAGACGCUCCAUUGGCAACAUUAAGUUCAUCGGCGAGCUCUUCAAGCUGCGGAUGCUGACAGAGGCCAUCAUGCAUGACUGCGUGGUGAAGUUGCUGAAAAACCAUGAUGAGGAAUCACUGGAGUGCCUGUGUAGACUGCUCACCACUAUUGGAAAGGACCUGGACUUUGAGAAAGCUAAGCCACGAAUGGAUCAGUACUUUAAUCAGAUGGAGAAGAUAGUUAAGGAGAGGAAGACUUCUUCACGCAUUCGCUUCAUGCUGCAGGAUGUUAUUGAUCUGCGAUUGCACAACUGGGUUUCUCGAAGAGCAGAUCAGGGCCCCAAGACCAUCGAGCAGAUCCAUAAAGACGCAAAGCUGGAGGAGCAGGAGGAACAGAGGAAAGUCCACCAGCAACUGCUUUCCAAAGACAACAAGAGGAGACCAGUGGUGCAGAGAGAGGAGACCUGGAGCACUGUGCCUAUGACUAAGAACAGCAGAACAAUAGACCCCGCCAAGAUUCCCAAAUUCUCCAAGCCAGCGAUAGAUGAGAAGAUUCAGCUGGGGCCGAGAGCUCAGGUGAACUGGAUGAAGGGCAGCAGUGGUGGAGCUGGAGCAAAGGCCAGUGAGUCAGAUGCGUCUCGGCCGAGUGCCAGUUUGAAUCGUUACUCUCCUCUGCAACCCUCGGCACUCCAGACUUCUUCUUUACCCUCCACAUCUCCAGAUUUUGAUUCCAGGAGAGUUCUCGGCAGUCGUGGAAGCUCAGGACGGGAGCGCAAUGACAAGCCAUUGAGUGCGGGUCCUGCUCGGACAGGGCCUAUUUCAUUGAGCAGUAGCAAUAAGGAGACCCCCGAAGAGCUGGUUCAGGAAGUGUCCCGCAGAGACUCCAAUGCUUCAGAUACACCCAAGCUGCUCGUCAGUACUGCAGACAAGAGCAGACUGGAGAACAGCCAACCCAGAGAGUCUGCUGUUAAACUUGAAGCACUCUCAGGGCCCUCUCCAGAUAAACCUGCAUUAUCAGAAGAGGAGAUGGAGAGGCGGUCCAAGUCUAUAAUUGAUGAGUUUUUGCACAUUAAUGAUUACAAGGUUUGGAUCUAUAUUUUUCAAUCUCCAAAAAUUAUAUUGCCUCAUAAAACCUUAAUUAAG